GGAAUUCUGGGCGGUUUUUGAUGGACAGUUGGGUCCAGCCAGUCAGUGGUUACGGGCCGACAUGUUGAAGAUAUUUCUGUGAUCGUAUGCGGUAGGUCUAACGCGUGAUUUUUCAUGCGUCUUUUGUGCGUGUUCAAUAUAUAAGAAGUGUUUUUGGAUUGCGACGCUACAUGUGAAGUGAAACAAGCCUGCUUGUGCCUGGUUUACCCGGCCCAGCAAACAUGAGCUGGGGUACAGAGCUCUGGGACCAGUACGAGAAUCUAUCCCUGCAUACGCAAAAAGGGAUAGAGUUCCUCGAAAGGUACGGCCAUUUCAUUCGCGAUCGAUGCGCCAUCGAGGUGGAAUAUGCGGCUAAACUCAGACGUCUUGUGAAGAGCUAUCAACCUAAGAAGAAAGAGGAGGAGGAUUAUCAAUACAGUCCAUGUCGAGCGUUCAAGAUGGAGUUGAAUGAGGUAAACGAUCAGGCAGGACAGAGGGAGGUGAUCGCGGAGAAUUUGCAAGCAAACGUACUAAGGGAAUUGAAUAUUCUCGUGAAGGAUUUUAAGGAGGAUCGUAAAAAACAUCUGCAAGAAGGGGCCAGAUUAAUGGCAAAUCUGACCGGUCAAAUUGGAAAUUUGGAGCGUGCUAGGAAAGCGUACGAAAAAGCUUUUCGUGAGGCGGAAAGAGCAGUUGAGAAUUAUCAGAGAGCAGAUGCUGAUUUGAAUCUUUCAAGAGCGGAAGUCGAGAAGCAGAGGAUGAAUAUGACUUUAAAAACUCAGCAGAGUGAGGAAGCCAAGACAGAAUAUGCGAAUCAAUUGCAGAAAACAAACGACAUGCAAACAUUGCAUUAUCACACGGCUAUGCCAGAAGUGUUUCAACAUCUUCAAGAGCUUGAUGAAAAGAGAAUAAAAAAUAUGCGAAACUAUAUGCUAAAGUCUGUGGAAAUAGAACGAGCAGUGGCGCCGAUAAUCGCUCAAUGUUUAGACGGUAUUGAAAAAGCAGCAAACGAGAUCAAUGAGAAAAAAGACACAUUAUUGGUAAUCGAACGUUACAAAAGCGGUUUCCAACCUCCAGGAGAUUUUCCGUUCGAAGAUCUUUCUGUGGCUAAAACAUAUGAUAGCAAUAGUCAGCUAUCACAGCCUGUAAUGCAACCAAUACACAAUCAUCAUCUGACAGUGAAGGGUACUGUUUCUGGUAGUAAAAUUAAGAAGAGGGUCGGGCUGUUCGGCAUAUUUAGUAGCAAUAAGAAGUUGAUCGAGGUGGGCAUAGCUUUGAAGAAUAAUGUGCCCGGAUAUGGUGAUGGUGCGAAGGAGGACUGUAGCGAUCUACCACCGAAUCAACGCAAGAAAAGACUUCAACAAAGGUUGGACGAAAUUCAAGCAAAAAUUCAACAAGAGACUGCGGCAAGGGAUGGUUUGAUGAAGAUGAAAGGGGUAUACGAGCAAAAUCCUGCAUUAGGCGAUCCAAUGAGCAUAGAAGGACAGUUGAAUCAAUCUAGCAACAAACUGGAUAAACUCGGUGCAGAAUUGGCAAAAUUCCAAGGUUAUCUCGAAGAAGCAAUGCGCGCCGGUGUCAGUUUAUCCAGUCCCAGUCAAGCACCACGAAAACCAACUAGUAAUGGUUCCGCAACAAGACCGCUGAGUUCAAGAAGAUCCAGUCAUUCGGGAGGAGAGGAAAGUCUUUCAAGAUCAGCAUCUGAUUCCAGCGUAAGCAAUGCGAAUGCUAAUCAACCGAUACAUAAGAAAAGUGCUCCGGGUACACCGCAACCGACACAUGGACCAAUUAGACACGCUUUUCGCUUUACGGUACUGAUGCACAGUUCCACGAAUAGCCCGGAAUCUGGUCUUGGAGAAUCGAGGACAUCCCUUCCUGGUAGUGGUGGCGAAGAAUAUUAUGUUGAUGAAAUUGAUGCUCAACCACCGUUAGGAACAUGUAGGGCUCUUUAUCCUUUCGAUGCAACUAGCGAAGGUUCUAUACCAAUGUAUGAUGGAGAAGAAUUAUAUAUGAUUGAAUUAGAUCAAGGAGAUGGAUGGACGCGUGUACGUCGUAUUUCACAACCAAUCGAAGGCUUUGUACCUACAUCUUACAUAGAGUGUCAUCUCUAUAAUACUUAGCCAUUUCUUUUAGGACGUUAAACAAUUGAGAAGUGGGGAAAUUUUAAGAUUAUUUAUGCUAUUAGUUCAAUACGAUAUACUGAACGAUUAAAAAUAGCAAUUCAUGAAAAUUAGAGGUUCUAUGUUGAGGAUUUGGUGUUGAUUGAAUGGCACUAGUUUUCAGGAUGUAUUCUGGUCAAAUCAUGGGUCUAAUCCCAUAAAAAUGUCACUGAUAUAAGUGAAAAUUAAUAUGUGCCAAUACUUUGAUUUUUGGGAGAAAAUCUCAUGACUUGUUAAAGAUUCAGUCAAUUGUUCACCAACAUACCUCUUUUUAGCUUCUCUCAAGUUUAUUAAACGAGAAAGAACAAAGAGAAAAUAAGUUUCAUUUUUAAUAUCUAAUUUCUUUUAUACAAAAGUGAUCAAGACGUUCAACUCUCUUAAAUAUUAAAUAUAGUAAGAAUAGUAAGAUCCUUCAACUAUUUAGAAUGCUGUUAUGCCCAAUCAUUUUAAAGAAAUUUUGUCAUACACGUACGAAAUACAAUACAUUUUUCUAAGAGAAAGCACCCUGAUCACUUGGAUGAUUAAAAAUAUGUUUUUAUAAUUUAGAUAUGCACAAGUGAACAAUUUGCAACUUCAUUAUUGAAAGUAUAAUAAAAGUAAUAAAUAUCUGUCGUAUAAUACACAUACACAAAUACAUAUAUGUAUAACAUAUGCUCCGCCUACAUGUCACGGAUAAAAUUACGAUUGUUGUAAUGACAUGAAGAUAUAUGUAUUUUUUUUUUUUUAUUAUUAAUUUUGUUGUAAAGCAGGCAACUCACGAAUAGAUUCACACUAUCUCCGCUGAAGUUCAAGAAACUAUUCAAUUUCAAUGCUUUUAGAAUAAAUUUUUAUCUAAAUGAUUUAUAUAUAAAUAUUACAAAAAAUGUUUAUUUGUUUUAAUAUAUCAAUAUUUGUUUCUUGCUUUUGCCGAUGAUAGGAAAGUGAUGUCGCUUCUUUACAAUUAUUUUUGAGUCGUUUUUUGACUUUUAUUGUUAUAUAAGUAUAUUAAUUGAUGUUAGUAUUUUUUUUUUUAAUGCAACUAGAAGGUGAUUAGGUGGUGCUCUGUACAGCAAGUAGAUUCCGAGUAUUGAUCGGCUAAGUUUUGUUUAUGAUAUUGCCUGGAUGUGAAUUUAGUUAAGAUAUAUUGUGUACAUAUUGCAAGGGAUAUGGGAGGAGAAACGAAAUGUAUGGUACGUGUGUGAGUGCCAGGUUCGAUACGUAUCGUGCGAAGUGAUGAAUUUAUUUCCAUUGCAUAUAAAUACGAAAUAGUGACGUUGAAUUAUUAUUUUUUUUUCUCCCCUUUUUUCUUAUAAAUAUAAAAAAAACGUCUCUAUUUCGGCAUUUUUGGAAAAAAUUCUUAGCUUCUCAGUUACAAAAAGCUAGAUUCGUCCUAGAUUCGAUUGCGAUGUAUCAAAAUCGUGUAGUCGUAUAUAUGCUCGCGUAUUAAAAAUAUGUAUAUGUAUAUAUAUAUAAAAUCUAUAAUCACUCAUUAAAGUAUAGCCUCGAUAUAUAAGGUACGAAAGUACAUAAAUUAAAUAACAUCAAUAGCCUUCUUCUCAGCCGCAAUUGUUGCCUAUUCGGUGUAAUUUCUUUGACUCUUUAACAUACAAUUUUAACUGUAAGUUUUGCUGCAUUUUGCAAUCGAUCGUAAACAUGCGCCUCGUGUUUUCACGAUUUUUUAUAAUUUAUCCUUAAUCGUCAAAGAAUAAGCAUCGAUAACUUUUAGAUUUUGCGAGAAUCAGCAGUAUUUUCGCAUGCGGUCUUUGAUGUUGAUAGAAAAUUAAUCGCAAUAAUUUUUGCCCAUUGAUAGGCUGUAUCACUUUAUGAAAGUGAAAAGAGAAAAUCAUUAGAUAACGAUGAAAAGAAAAAAGAACGAUAUCCUUACGUCUACCUUAAUUUUUAACAUUCAACUGCGUCCAUUCUAUGUAUAUUUUGUGAUUUUAUAUCCAUGAACAAGUAUUGUAGAUAAUUAACUCCGUGACUCAUUAUACGUUUAAUUAUUAUUAUUAUUAUUAUUAUUAUUAUUAUUAUUAUUAUUAUUAUUAAUAUUGAAAAAAUAUAACUACUAAACCAAUAUAACGUAAUAAACAUUUUUUUUAUAAUAUUAAUAUGCAAAUCCAACAUAUCCGUUUUAUUAUUCUUUUUUAUAUUUUUUUCAAUCAUUAAAAGGAAAGUGAAUUAGAGGGAAAAGCAAAGAAGAAAUGUAUUUCUUAAAGUAUAUUAUAACGUUUCGCGGACAAUUGACUAGAUCAGAAAUACAGAGCAAUACAUUCUGAUACUUGUUGUGCAUAUACAUAGAACUACAUUACAAUUAGUAUAUAAUACAAUUUAAUACAUUUUACAUAUUGUUUAUAUAAAUUAAAUACAAUCGUUCUUGUAAAAUUCUUGCACGUAUCUAAGCAAAAAAAGAAAAAAAAAUCAUGAAAUUUUGUAUAUUAUAAACAGUAUACUGAAUUUAUAUGUUUUAUUUUCUUCUCUUUCUCUUCAAUGCUUUUAUAAAAUUAAAAUUUAUGGCGAAGAUGUUAGCAUUAGAUCGCCUAUAAAUUGGCAGUCGUACGAUUUAUUAUACAAUAUGUACGUCGCAAUAUGUCAAGUCCACGCAUAAAAAAUAAUAAAACAUAUCUUAAAUAUACAGGAUACUUAUUUGGAGUUAGUAAAAAUAUAGUAGUAAAUCGAAUCGACAGCUCGCAAUGUUAUAUGUACUUACAUGGAUCACAGCAUUGCGUGGGCCAAAUGAGCGAGCAGCAGAAUAACAUCUAAAAAAAUCCACACGGUACAAAACGAGAGUAAAAGAAAUGACAAUCGAUCGCUAUCCACGAGAUCAAUAAAAAAAGUUCCAGGUACGCGGCAAAUCUAUCUUUAAGUACAGAUUAUGAAAAUCAUCAAUUAAAGAAAUAUAUACUAUUUUCUGAUCAUUUUUGCCGCUUAUCGUCACACCUGUUAUCGCUCAGUCGUAUGAUAUUUUAUUACUGUACAAAAUACUUGCUUUUGUUCUUAAUUCACUUAACAAUAUGUUAGCGAACUUUCGAACAAUUUCAGUCAAUAAUAAUGGAAGCAAACUACGUCCAAAUUGGACGAUUAUUCGACGAUUAACUGCUUUGGCAGAUUUUAUUGUUUUCUUUGAGCUAUAGAUUCAUUUCAAAUAGUAAGAUCUUCCCAUUCUUCAACUUGUCGAGGCGUUAAUUCAAUUUUAAUUCGGGUCAAAGUACUGAGUAAAUCGUGCAUCCUUGCUGUUAACGGGUUGGCUUGAAGAUCAAUAAAUUCUAACGCAGGAGCAUGCCUGAGUCUUUCGAUAUCUAUGUCUAAAAAAUGGAAAGUAUCGAAAUUAUAAUAUUAUUAUGGAUUAUUUGAACAUUUCUUAUAUAAUAUAAAAACUUAAGAUUUACCAAUGAUGGAAUUGUUGUUGGCAAGGAGCCGCUUAAGUUGCGGUAUCCGACAUGUAACGGGUGGCAAAGCAAUAAAAGUAUUAUGUGAAAUGUCCAACCUUUCUAAUGCUUGUAAUUCAGCAAGUUCCUCUGGUAGUUUGCUCAUUUGAUUAUGACUCAGGUUCAAGUCUAGAAACGAUUACGUGUUUGAAUUUGUAUUACAGUGAUACCUUUCAGCUAAUAAAUAAAAAAAAAAAAUAAAUAAAAUUUUUUCAAAUAAUUGAAAAUAAGAUUAUAAUAAAAAUGAUAGAACUUAUUAACAAAUAUAUAAUUCAAUAAUAAUUUGGUAUUAUUAUUAAUUAACUUACCAGUGAUCAAUGAAAAUUUGAUUGCAAAUUUUGGUGGAAUUUUUGUUAUUACAUUUCCAGAUAGAUUACAUCUUUUUAAUUCUGUAUGUCUCAUUAAAUGAUAAACUGCAUCAGGUACUUGCAUUAACUGGCAUUCAGAUAGAUCUGAAAAAAUAAAAUAUUAUAACAUUAAUAAGUAUUAUAUAAUAAUUUUGUUUAAGACAUGAAAAAAAAUUUAUUCAAAAUUUAUUUUUAGUAAAUUAAUUGACAUAUUAUAUAUAUAUUUUAAAAAUAUUAAUUUUUAUAAAUAAUAUGCUAUUAGAUACAUAUAUUUUAAUCACAUAGAACAUAGUGAUAUGUUCAAUUUUCAUAAUUGGAGCACAUUGUAUUCAUCCGUAUUGUGAUCUUGACAGAUCAGCUGUCGAACUGGGUCAGUGUAUCAAUAUUUCAUGAUAGAAUUUUGUUCACUUUUCAAAUAUUACCAUUGUUCGGUAAUCUUAAAAUUGUAUAUCAACUUCAAUUCAAUUCAUUAAGUAAAAACUGCACUCAAAAAACGGGAAAUUUUAAUAAAAGUACACAAUUUUUUAUAAAACCCGCGAUGCACCUGUAGCAGCAAAAACUAGGUCAUGAACUAGAUUAAAGUAUCUACAAUAAUAACUUAAUUUAAACAAACUAGACAAAUUUUUAUAAGAAUCAUAAUUUGAUUAGUUUAAUAAAGUAUUUUCUUAAAUAUAUAUAUUUUUUGACAAAUGAUUUACCAAGAUUGUUAGUUUCUUGUGCAUCUUCGCAGCGCAAGACUACUCUCGUGACGGCGUUCGCCAUCUUGCUGAGACAAACUGACUUAAGUUGGACGUUUCGCCACCUUAAUAUGAAACAUUUAUUUUCGACGAAUUUCAGAAAUAAAUAGUACUUGCUAAAUGAUUUUGGCAUUCAUUCUACUUUCAGAAAUUUAUACUGCGACAUAAUGACGUAGAAAUUGAAGACAAUAAUAUUCGUAAAAUACAUUUAAUAUAAUUUGAUAUUCUAAAUAACCAUAAAUUUUUAAUGAUCAAUUAAAUUUAUCAAUAUUUAAUUUGAAUUUUAAUAAGUAUCGAAAAAAUUUUAAAUAUAUUUCAGUAAUGUGAAAAUAGAUGCGGGAUACUCGCUUGUUUGGUAUUGCGCUAAAAUUUUUGUCGCCAUUUUUCAGGCGCCUGCGCAUUUAGUUUUAAUUUUGUCAAGUUUUUCUGUGAUUCGAGUUCAAUAUAUUUUUCGAUUUUAUAUUAUUCAAAACAUUUAUGUAAGAUUUAAAUUGAUUAAUUUUAUUGUUUAAAACAAUUGUAAAUAAAAUAUAAUCAUUGAUAUAAUAUAAAAUAAAAUAUUAUAUAUAUUUUUAUUAUAAUUUGAUGGAUAGAUACAGUACUCAAAUAAUUUGGACCAUAUAAUUUCAAUUGUAUUCUUUAAGCUGUGUUCACAAAAACAAAAUAUGCUCACGCACGAACAAUUUGCAACAUGUUCGGAUCGAUGAAUAGCUUAAGGAACAAAGACCGGAUAUGAUAGUUACGCAACACAAUGUUUAUCCAACCAAUUAUCUAUGCUAGAACCUGGAGUGAACAUUUCACUUUUAUUCGAAUUGAUGCACGAAUCACACUACCGUGAUGAGGAACACUACCACCUGUUACGUAUGCUUGUCUAACAUGGUGUAUUAACAUUAUAUAUUCUUAUAUAUUUAAUAAGUUAAUGUUAUAAUUUUUAUAUACUAUCGAAAAGCAAUUUCAUGUCAAUAAAAAUAAAAGAAAAUUUAGAAAUUAUUAAAUUCAAAAUACUUUUAAAAAAUUUAUUCAUGUUAAAUUUAAAUGAAUAUAAUUAAAAUUAAAAUUAAUUGAUAAUUCCUGAUAAUACAAUAUAGAUUGUAAUCAAUCAUUCGCAUAGAAAAAAAUAUUAUUAGCCUAGCAAAAAAUAUUUCUUCUCAAAGUUAACAAGUGUUAUUACAGAGACAUACAUUCGGACGUAGAAUAACUCCUUGAAUGUGGCUGCCAAGUGCCUCUCGCUCUCGUUUUCUCCGCUUCAAGACUUUCGCCAGUUACCGAUUAGAAAUCUUAUGUUUAUUUUUGACGGGUUAAUAAUAGUAUUUUUUAAUCAUGUUGCAGUGAAAAGGAAAAAAUUACUAAUAAACCGACACAAAAAAGUUCGAACAAAAUAAUUAACAAACAAAAGAAGAAUAAAAAGUCAAGAUUGAUCAUUCACAUAAGGAAAGAUCAAGUUAAGACAAAGCUGGAUGAAGCGACAUUAAGGAAGGUCUCAAAUCUAUCCAGGUGGACGGAUAAGGCAAGGACUGAGACCCGUUCUCUUUUCCAGAUUGAAUCAGGAAGCGAAUCGCGUGAUCCACUAUGAUGCUUUGAAAGCAAGCAUUGAUGUAGAAGAUAUCGAUUGAUUCCUUGAACUGUUUUAAAAUUCCUUCGCAACAAUAUCUACUUAAUUUGUCACGGUAGUCUGAAAAUCUAGCUCGUCAGUCGAAACAACGAAUCAAGGCCGGCCAGAAACACGUAUCAAGUUGCCAACUGUAUUAGUCCUCUAAUCGAACACAUUCUAAGGUCGUUUAAUGGCAUAUAUCUAUUAAUUUAAUUGCACGUAAUUUAUCUUCUCCCCUGGAGAUAUAACAAUUAAUUAUCUCCACAUGAAAUAAAUUCUUUAUGAGAAUCGAGAAUUAUGUUACCGGCGAAUUGAGAGUGAAUUAUAUCAGAAAAAUAAACCACUGUAUUAUAAGAAACCAACCAAAGUUUAAUUGGACUACGUAAGACUUGCGGUUCAUUUGUAAAUUGUUGUUGCAUGUUUACUUAUUUGAAGAAAAAUUUAAUGAAACCGAUUAAGAAAUAAUUGUCGAUCAAAUACAAGUUUAGAAGUGAUAAGGAAUCAAAGGAGAUGACGAAAAACGAUUAAUCUGAGUUAAGUUUUCACAAAAAGCAUAUUCAACUUUUGUAUUGUUCGAUAUCUUAUCUAAACUUUUAUCAUCCGUGACUAAAACUACGCAGUCCAUUAUACGGAUUGUUUUAUUUCAUGAACGUUCGUUAUUUUUUUCUUCGAUCGCAUAGUAGAUGCAAAUCCACAACGAAACACAAACUUUAGGGGAUAUAUAAUUGAAACAUAAAUAUUAUUCAACAAAUGUUUCAAUAUGUUUCUUUUCCCGAAUGAAAUCCUCAGCUGAGCGAAAGUGUAAUACCUCAAACGCGGAAAGAUAUCGUACUGUAGAAAGUACUAAACGCGAAGGAAACAAUUACGUUUGGCUAACCAGAUUUUAUCCAGUUUAUCGAUACAAUUUCGCUUAGUAGAAAAGAUGCAUCACUCAUAUACUUUCUUUAUUAUUCUUUUCUCACUUUUUUUUUAUCUUUAAAAGUAUAUGUUAUUUUCUUAAGAAAAAAUUAUAUUACUUUCUAUAAAUUUCUUUCUUAUUCAGCAAUUUUUGUUCAAUGUUCUUGGACCAACGAACAAAUCAAAAUUUUAAUGGUGUUAAAACGUUGAUGCAAUGAUAGAUUCGACCUACCUAGAUUACAAUUGUCCUGUGCCUCUUCGCACCGGGAAACUACCCUAAUUAUCGCCCGGCCCGCCAAUUGCACACAAACAGCCAUAGCCACGUUUCUCUCUCCUUGUUCCUGAGAAAUUUGUUCCAUAUCGUCUCCAUUGUACGCGGGUGGUCUCAUCUCUUCUGCUUUACUAUGUACGUCAAACGUGAAGAAUCUUGUGAAGUUUAAACGAAAGGAAAUAACUUGCUCUGAAUUCUGUCUAUUCGAACGAUCACUGAAUCUCUUCGAAGUUUUCCAAUUAUCGUCAAACUUUUUUCACAGUGAUGAAGAAGCACACGCUUUUACUGUUUCUUCUUCAAAGUUAUCAAUAGCACCCUCGAUUCUCUUCACCUCUUCUUCAAACAUCAAGAAACUAUCAUGUUUCGAGGCGCAAGCUUUGAUCAUACACAAGAGAAGAUUUGAAACGCACUUUUCCGACAAGGUAACUCUCUAAACUCUCGUAAAUUUAUCGUUUCUAGAGUGAAUCUUUAGCGUCGUUCUCGUUAUGUUUUAUUGAGGAAACAAUGAUAAAAAGUUGGCUUCAAGAACAUCGACGAAUCGAUCACGUCAUCAGACGAAAUCGUUAUUUUCCUCGAUCUUUCACAAAACCACGAGAUUUCCGCGAUUUUCUGUUUUUCCGCGUUCGAGAGUCUCUCAAAAGAUAGCGGGAAAAAGUAUCGCAAUGAGAGUAUAUUUGAGGUGACGCUGGCUGGCACUAAAGUGCAGAACUCCACGCGGUGCUAUUUAAGCCUUCGUCGCGGGGUCUCCCACCAAAGAUGCAUCUCGGAUCAGCUGACUACUUUGUUUCAACUCCCUCUCUUUGUUUGAAAACAACUGUAGAAACCACUACGCAUAUUCACCGCCAGGUGCACUCGGCCUGCAACCUGUCGAAAUUGGUGUUAGAGUUUUCACGAACGUGCGACUCAAGGUUCCCCGUUAACAGAGCGCGUGGUUUUGUUUCAGUGUCUCCUCGACGAAGAAGGAACAAGACAGGAAAAAAGAUAAAUGUGUUUUAAACAGCGAGAUCUUUUCGUGGAUCGACUGGUGGACCCCGACUUUUCCGCUUCUUAAGAGUCAAAUUGCGUUGAACGCGGCAUUGAAGUUCCUUCAGUACAGAAAUAGGCAGAUAAAUGCAACUACUCGAAGGUCUUCUACACGCCGCACAGACGGAGUAAAUCUGCGAGCAAGAUUGACGGAAACAGGAAGGGACCGUCGCAGGGAGAAGCGUAAUAUUCGACGCACAAGUUCUCGCGGAACGGGAUGACUCAUCUAAUUGCACGUUCUAUCGGGAUUGAGAUUCUUUUGAUCGUGGCUGCACUCGAAAGGGACCUAGAUUUCGUGCGUGUAAGUUUGGAAAGCGUCGGCAUGAUUUAUUUCCUGCCGACGAGCUCGAUUACGAGCUUCCAAAUUCUAUUUCUCUUUCGACUCUUUCGCCUUUUUUAAUUAAUUCCAAGUUUCUUUCAUCUAUAAUUCAUGACACGUUAGAAUGUCUAGAUAUCGUAGGAACAGUGGCGAUACAAUUUUUCAUUUUAUACUUACCAUACUUAUCCAUACGUCCGAAUCCUCUUAUGCAAUGAUAUCGGGUCGGUGGGAAAGUAAUGUCGGUUUCGUGAGUAUAGAAAUAAAUUAAUUUAUCAUUGUAUAUAUUUUUAUAUACAUUUUUCAAAUUAUUUGAAUAUUUUGUUAUAUAUAGUUUCUUAAUAAAUGUUUUUUUUGUGUAA